CCUCUUCAUCCCUGUCCUUUCAUGUGCGGGCGGCGAAAUAUCGCUCCUGUCCACCCGUCAGACCGUCACUCCCCAAGAUUCACCCGCCGAACUCAAUCGUUUGAUGGGGUUGCUGAUUAUUUCUUUCACUCACACCACAUCCUCCUAUAAAACCACCACCCGCGUCGCCUUCUUUCUCCAAAAGCAUCGAGCGCGCCGUCGUCCGCCACAGCGCCGCCAUCAACACCACCAUCAUCAACUCCCUCCCCGGCGACGAAAUCGGCGUCGCCACCCUCCCCUGCGGCGCCGAGUUGGCCCUCAACCGAGUCAAGCCGACCGCCCUGCAGUCCAGCUGGAAAGAAAGGCUCAGCCCCUGGCGUGCCUGGCCUUCCUCGGGCCAUCCUGGGACACUCCAUGGAGAGCGCAUCCACAAUCCACAACGCUACCCCACGAGCCCACGCGACAGCCAGCACCCCGCCAGUGCCCGCCCCCCGUGCCGCACUCCCCCUCUCUCCCCCAGGUACCUGUAGUUAUGUGGGUGAGUGGGUGUACAUGUAUGUAUGUGGGUGGUCCCACCUGGGGUUCCACAACACCCAUCAUGUUACGUUGCCCCCCUUGGCGCUGCAAAAUGACAUCAGUUGGAGUCGGUUGGAGUGACAAAAGGGAAGAUCCCUUCCUACAUUUGGUGAUUUUUUGCCGUCUUAGCCGAGUAGUCCUUCCCAGCACACCGAGGCGUCUUGUCAGCACAAGUCCCUUCGGCCAAAUUCUCCUCUUACCAAGGCGUAAAUCUCUUCAGGUCGCUCCAUUCACAGCAUGCAUCCCGCCAGGUAACAUUUGGUAUUUGUGUGCCGCCAAGAACUGGGAUUGAUCCUGCAACCAGGGAUGUCGCUUGUUCACACUUUUCGCUCAACUGCACAUGUGCCUGCCCAGUGGAAUCCUCAGAUAAAAAGACACGCAGAAUCCCUUUCUUUUCCACUUUCCUUCGAGAAACAUUGAACUUUCUGGUCUAUUUUCGCCAUAGUUGCUACUGUAACGUAGUGCGGUGUAAAGCUGAGAUUACAACGAC